AUGUCGUUGGCCAUGGAUAAAGCACUGAUGGCUUUGUCAUUGGAGGAAGAAGACACUCCAUUCGCAAUGCCAGAGUUACCAGAGUUCAGUUCAGCAGAGGAAAACAAGCUCAGUCUGAUUGGUAGGAUUCUCAACCCUCAUUGUCAAAAGAUGCCGGGUCUGAUAAUGAGAAUGCCGAGGAAGUGGGAGAAGGAAGGGCGAAAAGGGGUGCACACAUUCAAUGAGUGGGUGAUAGUAGUGGAAAGGUGGGUGGAAAACCCACCAGGAGACUAUCUGCAUUAUGUACUGAUUUGGGUUCAAAUAAGCAACAUUCCGGUCAACUGCUACACUACUGAAGCACUUACAGCUCUUGGAGACCUUGUGGGGAAGACGGUGGUGGUAGCUUAUGACCCAUCCAAGCCGAUAACACAAGACUUCAUCAGAGUUCAGGUGAAGUUCAACGUAGCAAAUCCUCUCAGAAGGUCAAAGACGAUCACAAUCAAAGGAAAGCCAACAGAUAUUUUCUUUCAUUAUGAGAGAGUUCAAAAACGGUGUUUUCACUGUCAAAGGCUCAAUCAUGAGAAGGACUACUGUCCUUUGGUGAUUAAACAGAGACAAGAGGAUUCUAGGCUGAGAAGAGAAAAGAUGACAGAAAGCUUGAAGAAGAAGCAAACUACCAUACCAGAAGAAGACAUACUGUUUGGUAUCAUUGAUGAGUCUUUGAUGGGGACAGACCCGGUGACUGGAAGAAGCAAGAUUGCAAAUGAUGUACUUGAGGAGAUGAGGAAGUACUUGAAGGCUGAUACUGGAGGUAGUCAUGCGACUAAAGUGGAUAGAAUUCAACAAUCUCUAAGGGAGGUGUCGAAAAACCCUAUGUCUCAAAGAUCAAUCCUGAGAUUGGAAGCUCCUCCGGUGAUCACGACUGAUCUUAACAUGGGUAAAGGACUGGUUUUCGACUACAUUGACAACUCCGAAGGUGCAAGAGCUUUGAGUACACACAUCACCUCUGGGAAACUCCUAGCGGACUCCUCUAAAGCGUACUCCAUUGCAUCGUUGCGUUCUGAUCCUGUGCAGAGAUGUUUGCUUGAGGAGAAAGGCUCUGCUGAAAGCUUUAAUGAUCGUCUCUCUGACUUUCCUACGGUAUUCAGGGCUGGCUCUUUUGCUCCCUGUUCUUCCGGGAUAGUAAAGAGAAGGCCAGUUAUCAGAAGAAGACCUCCUAAAGCAGUGAGAGAACAAAGGAAAAGAGAAGCUACAAGGAGAGAUGAAGGCGUUGAGAAAGGCAGAAGGGAAGGAAAACAUAUAGUUGGAAGUAAGAAGAGGAAGUGUUCAGAUGAGAAGGAAGAAAAGUCAUCCACAUCAACUAAGGCAGUGUGCCUAAAGGUGGUCCCAAAAGAGGGACUGCCGAAUGUCCAAUGA